CUAGAGGAGAACAUGCAAACUCCACACAGAAAUGCCAAAUUAUCCAGCUGAGACUCGAACUAGUGACCUUCUUGGUGUAAGGCGAUUGUACUACCCACUGCUCCACAGUGCUGCCCUAAACUAUUAUAUGUUAUGUCAAAAUACUCUUAGUUUAUUAUUAACAUCUAAAAGGACAUAACAAUGUGCCUAUUGUCUUUUACAGUAGCGUAUCAAGUGACGUGACGUCUGAAGAACAGGAAGACAUGAUUUCAGUACAGGAUGCAGAAAUCACCCUCCUCAAGUCAGGAGAGCUCAGUGCCUCUGUGCCUCUGGAUAUAGAUGAGAUUCCUCAUUUCGGCGAUGGCUCCCGUGAGCUGUUUGUCAAGUCCAGUUGUUACAGCACCAUUCCCAUCACAGUGGGCGACCGCGGACCCAUCAUCAGCUGGGUUUUCUCCUCCGAGCCAAAGAGCAUCUCCUUCACUGUGGUGUACAGAGAGACACUUGACACACCUGUCGAGCAGGCCAAGGUAACAAACACACACAUGCAAGACAUUCAGAGGGUGUUGAGUGUGUCUUAACAAGUCAUUCGUUCAUUUUCCUUUCGACUUAGUCUCUAUUUCAGUGGUCA